AUGGCCAUGGCCGUGGGAAACCUUGCGACCGCCAUCGCCGCGUCGACACCCACCCCCGGCGCCGGCCUGAUUCCGCCCCCGGAGGCCAUCCGUGCCCGCCUUGGGCCCAAUUCGACAGUCAACGCAGUUACCGCAUCAAACUCGGCCCCAGAAUCUUUCGAGCCAGUGUCGCUGCGUUUCGUCCCGUCCAACUCGUCGCUCAUUGCAAACCUCAAAAAGGACAAUUAUGGCGUCCUUAGGGCGUACCCUCAACCAUUCACCCGAGCCGUUAACCAGAUCCGGGAGAUUUCAACCCACAUCACCACAGACUGGGCACAUGCUGACUUGAGCAACUACUCGAACUUGCCGCCGAAUACACCACCCCGUGGGAGGAUUCCCAUCGAUCAGCCAACAUGCUUCGUCGUACGCUCCGGCAGUGUGACAGAGUCAAACAUGGAACCGAGGACGUUCAACUGCACACAAGCCUGCUCGGAUCCUAGGUUGCUCUUUGAGCCGACGACGUUGGCGACGUGCAUGCAACUGGCUACUGCAUCCCUUUGGAUCGCGGACAACAAGACUAAAAUGGACAGCAAUGACCUGUACUCACGCAAGCUAGCUGAGACGCUGUCCUUCAAGAACGACCUCACGGACUUCAACGGCUCAUCUGUCAUACAAAGCAUGGUAUCAUGCUCGGUUGCGGCGUGUCGUAACAAGGGCAAAGGGGCUUGUAGCGAUGAAAUCAUGAGCCUCAAGGACAUUACGGUCCGAACAGACAACUUAAUGCAGAUCACAUCCGCGCUGGCUCGUUAUUGUGACCACGCAGACAGUGUGGUAAACGAAGACAUCGCUGGGCCCGGUGUGCUUAUGUCGUACAUCUUCCAGACGGGAAUCGCUCUGCUGUUUUUCGGUCUCGCCAAACUGCUGAGCUCCGUGAUGCGUCCCAUUUUCUUUACAAAGGCAUGGGUCAACAAGGACACGAGAAAGAACGCAUUCAAGCUGUCGAGGGAGAUGCAAAGAAACCUUUCACUGACGCGAGGUAACGCGGCGGUGAUAAGCUCCAUGAUCGAGUUCCAGGAAGUGCAGGGCUUUUUUGUUGCCGCCAUACAGGUGGCUACGCUGGUUACGUUCAGGUCGACGGAUGGUCCGGAUCUUGGCUCAGUCACGUCGCUGGGAUCCAUCCUUUUCAACUCUGGCCUGGUUCAAGUGCUAGCGGUUUCCGGUGUGCUGCCGGUUCUGCUGGUUCAAUGUUGUCUCCAACGUUCCGGCAUGCGAUGGUGGUACACAUUGGCGAUAUCGUCGCUCGUUUUCAUCCUCGGUAUGACGGUCGACAUCCGUGGCGGUUACAUGCUGCCAGCAUUUCAACGCGUUUAUGAUCAUUUCCGCCAGACCCAAGGAGUGUCCGAGUGCGGCGGCAAUCCCAGCCCACUUGUUUACUGCACCGGCGACCUCAGAUUUGCGGUUGCAGACGAUCUCGGCCAGAAUAUUUCAUACUGGGUCUACCCAUCCCUACUUGUCGAGCAGUUCAGCUGGUGGGCUUGGAGACGAUAUGCCAUGGAGAUCAAGGCUCGCCGUUGGGAGAAGCGCAGGCCGUGGGCCCGCAUUUUCCGGCGAAGGGUGUGGCCCGGAAUCUGGUUCCUCUAUUGGGUUGCAUUGCAGGUCGUACUGGUGGUAUUCACUGCCCUAUACUUCUAUAACAUCUUCCUGCUUGUGGCCGAAACCACCCUUCUUAACGAUCAGAGGUGGACCUAUGGACAGUUGGUUGCCCUUAUGGUAUGGGCACCUAUUCUCGGGAAGUAUCUAUACUUCAACAUCUUCGGCAUCGAAGAAGGAUUUAGUAGACGACUUGCGAAGCACUAUAAGGUGGUCCAUCAAGACUAUCCAGACUCCGAAGAUGAGGAAGUGCACGAGUCGGACGACGACGACGACAACUUGGAGCAGGGCAUAGAGCUCAAAGUCACACCCCAACAGUCGUUGACGACUCUACCGGGCGUACCUUCGCCCUCAGGGACUGAUAUCGGCAGAGAUUUCGGCAGAGAUUUCGGCGUGGCUCCAAGGCCUCCAAGCGUACAAUCUGUGAGCUCGGGCCAUUCGACAAGAUCUCAAUCAAGUCCUAGUACUUUAGGUUCCCCAACUGGGUCCACCGUAGUGGCAACACCCACGACAUCGACGCCGCCAGGAACUGUUCCGGAGGACUCUGACAGGAAUCACCCUUUCUUGGAGGGUUUUGGACAGGAUAACAUCACCAUGGUUGGCGGUAUACCGAUGAUUGUAGAAGAUCACGCCCCGUUUGAUCGACCGCGGGGAGACGUUUGA